CCAGAUCAAAGCAAAACUCUUCACACUCCUCACAAAUCCAAACCAUCAUGCGCCUUUGCCCGAUGCGGAAGCUACCAGCUUUUGCUUCAUCUGCAGAAAGCAAACGCGGUUUCUAAUUCGAAGUCAGAUUUUCCAUCCUGAGGCGGGUGAGUCAAUAUAUAUAUAGCUAUUCCUUUUGGCUCUCCGGAUCGGAAUUCAAAGCUAACCCAUAAGUAAAAAAAGAGGAGUUGGAUUUAUCACCAUGAAGGCACUUAUUCUUGUUGGAGGAUUUGGAACGCGUUUGAGGCCACUGACCCUUAGUGUGCCAAAGCCACUGGUUGAUUUUGCUAACAAACCCAUGAUUUUGCAUCAGAUUGAAGCUCUGAAAGUUAUUGGAGUGACUGAAGUGGUCUUGGCCAUCAACUACCAACCAGAGGUGAUGCUGAACUUCUUAAAAGAAUAUGAGGAAAAGCUUGAAAUAAAAAUCACAUGCUCUCAGGAGACUGAGCCUCUUGGCACAGCAGGUCCCUUAGCUCUAGCUAGGGAUAAAUUGAUCGAUAACUCUGGAGAACCCUUCUUUGUCCUCAAUAGUGAUGUUAUUAGUGAAUACCCACUGAAAGAAAUGAUUGAGUUCCACAAAAGCCAUGGUGGGGAAGCUUCUAUUAUGGUAACCAGGGUGGAUGAACCAUCAAAGUAUGGUGUUGUGGUUAUGGAAGAAACAGCAGGGGUGGUUGAAAAGUUUGUUGAGAAGCCAAAAAUAUUUGUUGGCAACAAGAUCAAUGCUGGAAUCUACUUAUUGAACCCAUCUGUUAUUGACCGGAUUGAAUUGAGGCCGACCUCAAUUGAGAAAGAGGUUUUCCCUAAAAUUGCUGCAGAGAAGAAGCUGUAUGCUAUGGUUCUGCCCGGCUUCUGGAUGGACAUUGGACAGCCAAAGGAUUACAUUACAGGCCUGAGACUGUAUUUGGAUUCCUUGCGGAAAAGAUCCUCAUCAAAAUUGGCCAGUGGAUCUCACAUUGUUGGAAAUGUUCUGGUGGAUGAGAGUGCUGUCAUAGGAGAUGGAUGUCUCAUUGGACCCGAUGUGGCCAUUGGUCCAGGAUGUGUUGUUGAAUCAGGAGUUAGGCUGUCGCGUUGUACAGUAAUGCGUGGGGCUAGAAUUAAGAAGCAUGCUUGCAUCUCUAGCAGCAUACUAGGAUGGCAUUCCACCAUCGGGAGGUGGGCUCGCGUGGAGAACAUGACAAUCCUAGGGGAAGAUGUCCACAUUGGCGAUGAAGUUUACAGCAAUGGUGGAGUUGUCCUGCCGCACAAGGAAAUAAAGUCAAGCAUCUUAAAGCCCGAGAUUGUGAUGUGACUUACAAUCCUAAUACUUGUCGCUGAUACAAUAUACAUUUUCAUCAUUCCUUUUUUCCUUCUGUAGCAUAAAAGUAUUCAGUAUCUUGAUUGAUUAUAUUUUUGAAGUAACACAUAAAAGCAAUGUUCGAGCCGCAGAGAUUUUGUUGAUGACUAAAUACAUCCCUUUUUCUUUCUUUUUUUCAGAAAGGAAGUUGUCUGUUCAUCUUUUUUGAGCU